AUGGGAUGUCGAUGUUUGAAUAUCGAAAAGGCCAUUUUAUCAAAACACAUGAAUAAGAAGAUUAUUCUCUUAUUGAAUAAGAUUGAUUUGAUUCCACGUGAAGUUGUCAGACAAUGGCUGGAUUAUCUCAGAAAGGAAUUUCCAACAGUAGCAUUCAAAUCCAACACUCAAAAACAAUCUAAAAAUCUUUCUCAAGGUAGCACAGAUGAUAUGAAAGGUUGUUUGGGAGCAGAUACAUUGAUUCAAUUACUAAAGAAUUAUGCAAGAAGUGAAGAUAUCAAAAAGACAAUUACUGUCGGUAUUAUUGGGUAUCCAAACGUUGGAAAGUCUAGUGUUAUUAACUCUCUAAAGAGACAAAAAGUGGCAGUAGUUGGUUCUAGACCUGGUGUCACAACAUCAGCAAAAGAAAUUCAACUUGAUAGUAACAUCAAACUAAUCGAUAGUCCAGGUAUCAUUUUCUCUUCCGCUUCAUUAGAUUCAGAUGUCAUUCUUCGUAACGCAGUAAGAAUUGAACAAUUAGAAGAUACUGUGGAACCUGUGAGAAUAAUUUUAACAAGGUGUAAACCAGAAAGAUUAAUGGCAAAAUAUUCUAUUUCAACAUUCACAUCAGCUGAAGACUUUUUAACUCAAGUUGCAAAACAAAGUGGUAAAUUAUUGAAGGGAGGAAAACCAAAUAUUCAAGAGGCAGGAAAGAUAGUUUUGAGAGAUUGGAAUACAGGUAAAAUACCUUUCUAUACACUCCCUCCUAAGAGAGCUGAAAAUGUUGUUGACCAAUUCAACAUGGACAAUGCUAUGAUGCAAAUUGAUGACUCCAAUGUUUUGAACAAAUUGACCACCAGUGUGAACGAUCCAACAAAUAAUUUCAUUCCAAUGGUUGCCUCAAAGCCUAUUGAAGAUGAUGUACUUGUCACUGUCGAUUCAGAUGACGAAGAUGGAGAUGAAGAAAUGGGAGAAGGUGAUGAACAAGAACUCGAAGAUGAGGAAGAUGGCUCAGAUAUUGAGGUUGACGAAGAUUAA